UCAGUCCUGGUUCAGUCCUGGUUCAGUCCUGGUUAUGGCUCUGGGAGCACUGGUCCUGGUCUGGUUCGUCUACACUUUGGGGCUCCUGGCAGAAGACAACAGCUCAGAGCUGCUCAGGCUGGUGGGAGGGGCCAGUCGCUGUGCUGGGACUGUGGAGGUGAGACACAGAGGAGAGUGGAGACGGAUGGAGCCCUAUGGACCCUGGGUCCUGGAGGACACAGCUGCUGUGUGCAGAGACCUGGACUGUGGCUCUGCUGUUUAUGGAGAAAAGAGAGAGGAUUUUCCACAGAGUCCAGUGUGGAGAGUCUCACCUGACUGUGUGAAGAAGUCUGCAGUGAGACACUGUGUCUCUAGUUCAUCCUCAUCUUCCUCCUCUUCCUCCUCUCCCUGGGGUCUGGAGGUGAAGUGUUCAGACUCGGUGCGUCUGGUCUCGGGGCCCAGUCUGUGCUCAGGAUCAGUGCAGAUCUGGGACCAGUCCUGGACCUGGGUCUGUGAAGGGGCCUUGGACCAGCAGGGGGCAGAGGUGCUGUGCAGGGAGCUGGGCUGUGGGGCUCCUUCUCUCCUCCAGGGGGCGCUCUCUCCUCUGGAGCAGACGUUCCACUGUGAGGGCCAUGAGUCUGCUCUGAUGGACUGUCCCCGCUCCGGCUCAGAGACCUGCUCCUCUGGAGCCGCUGUCAACCUCACCUGCUCAGAGCCGCUCAGGCUGGUGGGAGGGGCCAGUCGCUGUGCUGGGACUGUGGAGGUGAGACACAGAGGAGAGUGGAGACGGAUGGAGAUCUAUGAAUAUAAUAGACCCUGGCUCCUGGGGGACACAGCUGCUGACACAGCUGCUGUGUGCAGAGACCUGGACUGUGGCUCUGCUGUUUAUGGAGAAGAGAGAGAGGAUUUUCCACAGAGUCCAGUGUGGUGGGUCUUAUCUGACUGUGUGGAGAAGUCUGCAGUGAGAGACUGUGUCUAUGAUUCUUCCUCCUCUUCCUCCUCUUCCUGGGGUCUGGAGGUGAAGUGUUCAGACUUACUGAAUCGUCCGGUCAUCUCUCUGUCUGUGUCUGACGGGGUUUCCGAGGCCCUGCCGCAGGGGGUCCGGGUGCUGCUGGGGUCAAAGUUCAGGGUCAAAUGCUCUGUGGAGCCACAGUACCCGGGAGGCUCCUUCCAGCUCCUCUCUCCCACGGCGCCCCUCGGUCAGAACCACACCCUGCCCGCUGUCAAUCACUCCGCACACUUCCUGUUCUCUGACACUGGCCCCGCCCACAAAGGAAACUACACCUGUGUUUACCACCUGCAUGUGUUCAACCACAGCUUCUCCUCUCAGAGCCCCAGCCUCCAGCUCUCUCUGGGAGCUUCAGACUCAGCCCUGAUCAUCAGAGUCCUGCUCAUUCUACUGUUGAAGCUCCUCUACAUCCUUCCAAUGCUCUACUACUACUGCAAGGUCCGGGCCAGAGGGGGCGCUAGAGAGAGGACCUCAUUGGACUUAGACCAGUUCAGAUCCACAUGA